GGUUUGAGUGUCGUUUAACAGGCCUAACAAAUCGCCUUUAUACAAAGAAAGCCGACGCUGCACGGACUGGCUCGGUAGUUUUGAGGUUUUGUACUGUAAAUAUUUGUUUGUUUUAAUUUGAGGGGUAACGAAGGUUUUGGGAAAAAGAUAAAGUUUUCGAAUUAUUGAGAAUGUCGGGUCGUGUACGGAAGCAAUCGGAUUGCCCGGUGGGAAAGCAGGGCCCGAUGCGGGCGACGUUACCGGUCAGUUCAGUGAUGAAGCAGAGCGGCGGGCUAAAGAAGAACGCGAGCAACAGCCCGACGCUGUCGCCGACGAACGUGUGGCGGCGGAUAUCUCCCGAUCACGCGUUGUCUGGUCAGCGAAGCCCUGGAGCUGUGAACUACAAAGGCAAAGGUCGUUUUGGCGUUUGCGUCAUACGUCGCACGGCGUCUCUAGACACACUCUAUCAUAAAGGACAGUGGCCCAGGGACUAUUAUCUUCAUGCUGGACAGUUGCAGGUUGAUAAGUCCACACAGACUGACGAUGGUGGUGGAGCGUCGGGCCGCUCGUCCCGUGGCUCUGAAGAUGACAAGCUGGAUAGGUUUCUCCGUAGCCGUUUACAGCGGCCGCACAAACCUUGCGCCUCGGGCGAUUACUCCACCCAUACAAUGAGCCCAGGUUUUUGGUCUCGUUUCGGAAGCGGCAGCGUCCCGCUGCGGGCGGCGCGUUCUUCUGUGGAGGGUUUGAACCAGGAGAUAGAGAAACUCGUGCUUUACCCGGCCAGCGGGACACAGACCCCGCAUCUGGACAGACUUAGAGAUAAAGUAACUCCCGAAGGGCAUAGAGCGCCGCUCGCGGAAUUACUUCGGCGCUCCGUCAACACGCAAACACCACACGAUCUUCACACUGCUCACUCGUCAGAUCCACCUUCGCGAGGGUCAUUCUCCAGUGACGGUUCCGCAGAGCUACUGGCCACAGGUGGUAGUGUGUGUUCGUCACCAGAUCUGGAUGGAUCCAAGCUCGGAACAUCGCCGCAAAUAAAUCGUUUCUUAGCCCGCGAACCCCCGGAUGGUUGUGAAAAGGUGAACUUAAAAGCCGGCGAAGGCGCAUACGCAGAGUCUGUGUCCGUAAUGAAGCCGGCAGUACCAGGCUUCACGCUGCGACCAUCACUCGGUUCAGCCUUUCAGCCACUACAACCCGCGCCAUCGUCACACUCCCCCUCUACUCCCCAUUAAUCCUCCUCUACUCCCCAUUAAUCCUCCUCUACUCCCCAUUAAUCCUCCUCUACUCCCUCCCUUUGUCUAGCUCAGCUGGGUGAACAAAAUUGCCAACUAAACUUGGCAAUCGGGAAUAAACCCCAACUGAAAUAAAGUUCAUUAUCCUUAUUUCAUUUGACGUAAGGUUGAAAUGAAGGAAGUGAUGUUCGAUGAAAUUUUCUCAAUUGCCGAUUUCGAUAUGGUAAGCUCUACAUGUUCUUUAUUGCAUUAUCUAUUGGAAAGUCUGAUAUAAUGAUGGAAAUGAAACUAUAUUUUCGGAAUUAAAUCGCGUAUAUUUGUUUUUUUUUUCCAAAUAAACCAGCGGCUGCUGUCAGUUCUAGAUCGACCGCGACAAAUACGCACGAUUUAGUACAGCAAUUGUUUCAUUUGUAACAUAUAGUUCCGAUCUGAUAUAACGAGUUGAAUUUUCAUCAUGGAGACCGUGUCACUUGUACAAUACUGACAUUUACUUCAAAUGUAACACAUCUGACCAAUUUUGUUUGAACUUUUCGCCAUCAAAAGUCCAUACUGAUGCGACCAUUGCAGGAUCCAGAACUUAAACAUAACGUUCUAUAGUUGCAUUUGUUGGCAACUGAUCGCCAUAAUGCAACAUGAACAGCUUAGAUGCUAAAUUGUUCUUCUCGUCAUAAUGCAAAAUGCAGCUAAGGAACACCCAGGUACAGGUCCCCUAAUAAAUAAACAAUGAGCGUUUAAUGUCUUUUAAUGAUUUAGAGUGCAUGUAGCAAUAUAUCUUCAGUAUUUUGACUACCGAUUUAUAAUUGCCGUUUCACGUUUACUAGAAACAAAAUACUGAAAUACCUUAUCAUAUUUCACGUCAUUUUAUAGUUUUUAUGUAUAUUGUACAGACUUAUCACUAAUUAGCUAUAGGGCAUGAAGGGCGAGAUUUCUAUGCGAAACGAGCAGUAUGUCGCUCCCGCGCUAGUCGCGCUCUAUUGUGCUAGCCCGCCUGAUGUUGGUAUAGAGACGACUAAAAUAUUUAGGUUGGAAUGUAGUUCCAAGUUCAAAUAUACCUUAAGAUUGACAAAUUAGUCGUAAGUCAUCUUUAACAGGUCACUGGAACAUUGACAUUAAAAUUCAAUAAUACUAUUUCAAGGUCCACCAGUAACUUGUCGCCAGCUUUUACUGCUACGUAAUGUACAACCACUUUAGAAGUAGUGAUAAACUUGUACAAUAUAAUUAAUGACUUCGUUUCCCUCUACCAUUUACAAUAACAAAAAAGACAAUUCAAUAAUCCAACGUAACCUACAUUUCCUUCACAUCAAUUAGUAUAUUGUCGUAGGGCACGCCCAUUUCAUUCCACCUACUUGUUCUUAAAAUCUGCUGAGACAAUAAUGAAUAAUAAAUACCUAAUCUUUAUUUAAUUGUUAUUACAAAAUGGUUUGUUUGAGUUUAAACUUUUGUAUUAUUUGAAUGAUCGUCAAUUUUCAUUGAUUGUGAGUGAGACUUAAGAAUUUCUUUGUUUUAAAGUAAAACUGUGUUAUAAAACAACCAAAGCUAUUUAAAUACAGCUCGCAACUAGAUUGAAUUUCUAUCAGCUGUACUUUACUAACCAAAAACAAAUCAAACAUUCGACAAUGUGAGCAUAGUGUAACGAUAAUAACUCGUAACGAAUGCGUUAUUUAAAUUUUAAAUAGAACUUGUAAGGAAAAAUAUGUUUUUCUGUUUUGUCUUAAGUUAUAUUUUAGUUACAUUUUGUAUAACAUACACUACUAAAUCUGACAUCAUGACCGGUUAUAUACUUGAUCUCAUUUCAUGUAUUAUAAUUAUGUACAUAAAUUUAUAUAUCACAAAAGAAAUGAAAUUGAAACAUUGUUUCAUGGCUUAUUUUAUUAUAAUUCUCAAUGUGAUUAUUAUUAUUUUUUUAACUUUAAUAUGAGGACAUCGCCCUCGGACCAAUGCUUAAAAGGCCUGAAUAUCAUAUGAUCCAGGUAAACGUGUCGUUCAACUCGAUUUUCUAAUGGAAAGCUUUAAAUUGCGGAAUUUGAUAGAAAAUGUAAGACAACUGACUGAAUUUUAUAAACUUUACUCAUACACUGAUACAGGUAUCUUGACAGUUUAUAGGAGCUAUGUAGUUCGUAAUAAAGUGCCUCUUUUGACAUAACUUCUAUCCUUGUAAACCCCGUCUUGCGACGACGAUAUUGGUAAUCUAUCGUACAUUCGGCAGUCCGGGAACAGAAAACGUCACCAAUACCUGUAUCAGGUAUCAUGGGUACACACGGUAUUUGUUUUGUAACGUUCGUUUAGGGAAGAUGGACCAUGCCAGUUGGAUCUCUCUUGGCCAAAAUGCAUUUUUAUCAUCGAGACUGAUAACUAAGAAUGUUCACAACCUACACAAAAUAGAUCUGCUUUCAAGUACGCAAUUAUUUUUUUAAAAUUUUGUAAAAAAAAAAAAUUCGAUGGCAAAUAAAUAUAUUUUGGAUGGCUCACCUUUGGAUAAGAGUAUUUUAAACCUUUCAUUGCUCAAAUCAAAAUUUUAUUAAGAGCCAUACUUAAGAUAGUCGCAGUUUUUUAGAUAUUGAAUUUUGUGAAUAUCAGCGAAAUGUAUACUUAGUAUGUAUCUGAUUAACAGAAAAUGAAUGUGAUAUUCUAAGUGAAUCGUUUGAAUAUGUAUGCUGAUUGUGACGUAACAACUUUUGAUACUGGUACUAGUGCUUUCGUAUCUAUCUAUUGCGGCUUAAGAAUGCGCUAUAUAUAGCAUACCAUAUUCACGAGUUGUGAAGUGUUUCAAAGGUGCUGAGUAGUGAUUCUAGGUGUGUACAGUUAUUGGCUUGGGACAGACGCGCGAUGCAGGAUUGUUUAGCUUCCGAUCUAACCAGAUAGUUAACGCGUUUCCACACGAGAUUAAAAAAGCGAUCAAUACCACCAGCAAAAGAUUCAGGAAUUUUUGACAUUGUACAAAAUUAUCUAUUAUAAAUUUUUGAGCAUUAAUUCUUUUAAUAUUUCUAAAUCUAUAAUUGAUUUUAAUUUAAAAUUAUUAUAAUUAUACGCUGUGCAAAGAUAUAGAUGCAAAAACCGAGCCAAUAUUAAAAAUCCCAAUUUCUGUGUAAAUUAUACCACUUAUAAGUGCAAAAUUUAACUUAGCUGUAAUGUUAAAAGAAUACAUAUUAGCCAUCCGUACAUAUACAAUAUCAAUGUUUCAAAAAUGUCUGUCUAUUAACACAAAGUGUACUUGAUUACUGUGCUGUUGCUUCUACAGAUGCUCUAUAACUUCGGUAUGAAGUGUUAGCUUAAUAUAGUUAUGAUUAUUUGCCUUGCUACUGUCUGCUUCCAUAAGCUUGUAGACUCCCACAUCCAAACAAUACUACAUAAUGCUUUACUAACAUAGAGUUUAUGUCACAGGUCCAGGUUGUAAUUUAGGAUUUAAUAUGUAAACUUCUCCCAAUGUCGUUACCUAAUAUAAGUUUUAGUAAGUUGUAGCAAAGUGGCCCGAAAUUUAUUAGCUGUUAAUAAACGUGUGCUAUAUGAAGGUCCCCUUACUAUUAUUUAAAAUGUUCCACAUUAUGUGGAUAAUGGUUUCUACAGAAAAAUGUCUUAUAUUGUGUGAAUUUUCUAGUUGUUGGAUGAAAUUUUUUAAUAUAUUGUAAGACACUUUUAUGAAGGAAUCUAAGUUUUUAAAAGUACAUAAAUAUUUUUGUAUGUUCAGGGUAGGAUGUGAGAGAUGUACCAUAAAAGUAACUCGGAUAGGACCUUAGAUUUGAUAAUUCUUUUAUAGAUGGUUAAUAUUAUUUUAAAGUUUGCUUUUAGAUGAAUGGAUAAGUUUGUAAUUUUUAUUAUGAUAUUAGAUUAAAUACUAACAUUUAAACUAAACCAAAAGUGCCCAUUGAGAUAAGUUUAUAAUGGAGCAAGUCUUUUGUCUGGCACUUUGUUACCGAAUAAUGUUUAGGCGACAAAAUUAGGGAAUAAGUAAAAAUUAUCGAAGGAUUGUUAAGUUUAAGUUAUCUAAAAUUGUUGAGGUUAUUGAUGAAAAAAUGAUUUAGUUUUUUGUACAAUGUGGUGCUAUACAAAAGGCUUGUUUAUUUAGAGGCAUUAAUUAACAUCAAUAUAAUAGUAUCUACUUUAAGUAUUAAUAAGGAUGGUUUUUAUUAUAGUUUUGUUUCAGAGAAGAAAUUCUAAUUACUAUUUUUGUUUCCAAUAUUUUAUCACUUUGACCUGUUUUCACUGUAAUGUAUCUUGCUGUAUUGCAGACAUAUCCAAUAUACAGACUGAUUUAAAAUAUUCAUUUUUCAUUUAUCUAUCCUCAAAUAGACCAUUCUAGACUCAAAAAGAGCUGCCCCUGUA